AUGUCUAGGCCGGUAUGGGGAAAGCAAACCGGCAUGGUUUCAUUACUUGAUUCACGCCACACAAUAGGAGCAAUUGAGCCGCGCCGUCCCCGUAAUCGACCGUCAAUUCACCCACGGUUUAUCAACGUUGGCAAUGAAAUGCGCAUUGCCCAAUAUAUCAGACGCCUGGAAGUUUUUUGGUAUGGAUGGUGGCUCGACGAACCUGCAUCCGACUCGCAGGCAACGCCGACAAGGUCCAAUGUUGAACGUAUUCAUCCGUGGAGCAUCCAAAGGCAUAUGCUUAAAGUAACGCCUCAGGUCAUAAGGCUAUCGACUGACUCGUCACUCUUUUCAGAACUGUCUCCUGAAGCGCUUGUUCAAGAUGUUUUCAUGGAACUCCCAAGCAACCGCCUCGGCCUAUACGCCCUUUACCCGUCGUUUUCUUCAAGCCCCCUCGCUACCCAGCAAACCUUGAAUGAAAUUGAUUUUCGAGAUGAACCUUUCCCUCAACCCGGAUCGAACCAUCAAUCUACACAGUCAGCGGACGAAACAGGCAGCAUUAGGGUAUCUGGCGUGUGUGGCGAUGAAUUCGACGAGAUGUCCGAUUUAUCUGAACUGGAUGAUGACCAUGUUGAGGUCAGCGUGUGCGACGAGGAAGAUGAUGGCCUUGAUUGGAGAGAAGAUGACCCGAUGCUAGCAGUCGCCAUUGAAGAGGAGCUGGAUAGAUACUUACCAGCCCAUCCGAACUUUGCACUCCAGGGCGGUUUAAGUAGCCAAACGAUCAGAUCUCAAGUUUCACUCAAAGAUGUCGUCAUGACCAGAGCAUGCUCCAGUAACCCGGAUGACCUUAACCGCGAUCCGUCCGUUCAAAGAACUUACCGAAGGAACGCGGUCACAAAACGUCUGGAAAGCCAGGAUGUACAAGUACAACCAGCUUCAUCCACUCCAUCUAACGGUAAACGUAGCGCUCAAUUCAGCACACAUCAAGACGUCCCGCAUAAAAAGCGUAGAACGUCUGUUCUUGAUGGCGCGUUAUCACCUCCGGAUGUCAGGAUGUCGAAUACGGGGCAAGGGAUAGAAACAUCGAUAACUCAAACCCAAGUCAUGUAUGACAGAGUCCCAAACACUGGUACGCGCCCAGUCGAACAAGACACAAUCACCUUCGCCUCUCAGUUCCCUGUUGCAGACACACGUCAAAUAUCACCCGGGCUAACGGCUUCAUCUAAUGCGCCUCACGGAGCACCCUGGGCAAUGCCCCCUGCAAAUAUACCGCGAAGCUCUAUGCCGACGCAUCGCCUACCCCCAAAUUCUUCACCCGUUUCAACCACUUCCAAUGCCUAUCGGUACGGUCCGCCACCACCAUCUGUUGCAGCUCAAAGUCCACGCAACUCGCGUACCUUGGAGGAACUGAAGCAAGAUAUCGAUGCCAGGAAAAGGAAGGAUAUGGACAUAGCGAAGGAGAGGAGCAAGAAGCGUCUGCGGGAUAAGACGGUAAACAAGGCGCAACAGAUACACACUGACCUGCAAUUCAGUUCCCUUUCCAUAUCCAACAAAGGUUGGAUGGGUCGAAGAUUUGACCACGAUGAAAACGUUCGGAUGAAGAGAAUGUGGAGGGAUAGGACCAUAGAGAGUGAGAUGAUGGGCUUUCAGAGAGUGCCGUUCGAUUCAGACCUGGCCAAACAGCCAGCCACGGAUAUAAGGGAUUGCGAGGGACGACUGCUAUGCAAGAGAUCCAUGUGGAGGCCAAGAAUUGCCGAUUUAGUGGUUCAGUUCGGAAUAGAGGCUGUACGCCAUCUGGAUAAAACAGAUCCGUAUCCGGUUGUAAAGGUCCAUACUCGAGGGCCACACCGUUUUACCAUAUGCGGCGUGGAUCGAAAUAAUAAGAAGAUUCCAGCUUUGAACCCUUGGCAUGUGAAGAACGAGGCUGCUAUUACCGAACUUUUUACGCCUGGCAGUGCUGUAGACCAGAUUCAGUAUAAGCGGUGUCAUGAAUACAUCAGGACCAGAUAUGGGAUCAACCCCAUGUAUGGGUUAUUUUACAAUUUCUGUCUCAACGGAGCAUGGCCAGGCAAGACAGACAGGGUAUACUGCAAUUUUGACCAUAGGAGAAAGGCUUGGCUUGUGAUAUGGGAAGCCGGUGUCAUAAUCGAAAUUCCGGCCGGUGUCUUCGUCGCUUAUCCUUCAUCUCUUUUCUACCAUUUUAAUUGGGAUAUCGGUACGAUCUGCGAGAUCGUCACAACACAAGAUGGGUCCAAACCGACGCGUGAAAACAGUGAACCUCUGGAUGGGCGUGAUGGAAGGGGUUCCGCCGUGUGGUUCAACCAAGCUACUAUGUUUCAAACGUCUGAACUUGGUUUCAACACGGUUGCUGAAGCUGAAGAAGCUGGUGCUGAUACUACAAAUGCGCGUAUGUACAUGGGAAAGAUCACAACUUACUGCAUACCAUCAGAAUCGGUCAUCUAG